AUGACCGAUAAGAAGAACGAGGACUACGUCGUCCGUAUGGGCGACGACAACUAUGACAAGAACGAGAAGCCCAGCUUUCAGCCUCGGUCACCGCCUCCUAUGGCAUACGGCUCAAGUCCAGUCGGUGGUCUUGAACAGCUGGAGAAGAGCCCGCCCCUGUCUAUCUUGGCGUAUUGCUUGUCCUCGAUCAGUAUGACCGUUGUGAACAAGUAUGUGGUUUCGGGCAGCUUCUGGAACCUCAACUUUUUCUACUUGACUGUUCAGGCUAUCGUGUGUAUUGGCACGAUUACUCUAUGCAAGCAGCUGGGCCUGAUAAAGGUUCUCGCCCCUUUCGAUGUCGACCGAGCAAGAAAAUGGUUCCCUAUCUCGCUUCUUCUUGUGGGCAUGAUCUACACCAGCACAAAGUCGCUUCAGUUUCUCUCAGUCCCUGUUUAUACGAUUUUCAAGAACCUGACCAUUAUCGUCAUCGCGUACGGUGAGGUGCUUUGGUUCGGUGGUAGCGUUACUCCUCUGGCCUUGCUCUCUUUCGGGCUUAUGGUUCUGAGCUCAAUCGUUGCCGCUUGGGCCGAUAUUCAGAGCGCUAUCAAUGGCGACUUUGGCACUGGAGACUCUGCUGCUGCUGUAUCUACACUUAACGCUGGUUACGCUUGGAUGGGUAUGAAUGUAUUCUGCAGUGCGGCCUAUGUGCUCGGUAUGCGCAAGGUUAUCAAGAAGAUGAACUUCAAGGAUUGGGACACCAUGUACUACAACAAUCUUCUUACGAUCCCUGUUCUUGUUAUCUGCUCUCUCCUGACAGAGGACUGGUCAGCCUACAAUUUCUCUCGCAACUUCCCUGAUGAUACUCGUAACAAAAUCAUCAUCGGCAUGAUUUACUCUGGCCUCGCUGCUAUCUUUAUCUCCUACUGCUCCGCCUGGUGCAUUCGCGUUACCUCCUCGACCACAUAUUCGAUGGUAGGCGCCCUGAACAAACUUCCUAUCGCAAUUAGCGGCCUGGUCUUCUUCUCGGCCCCGGUCACUUUCGGCAGUGUAUCUGCCAUUUUUAUCGGUUUCAUCAGUGGUCUCGUUUACGCCUGGUCCCGCGUGCGACAGACGAUGUCAUCUGGAGGCUCGUUACCUACCGUGGCACCUCCCAUGAGCGCCAGUGCCAAGAGCAACCGCGAUGCCAAUUCUUAG